AUGAGCACCUACAAUCGAUAUUAUUGCACAUCCUGUUAUAGCGUUUGGGAUGAAAAUUAAUGCAUUCCAAAAAUUCUAGAUUGUGGACAUUCCUUUUGUUUGAAAUGUCUCAAACGUCUUUUCUAGAAUGAACAAAUAAUCUGUCCUGAAGACAUGUAAAUAAUAUUGUCAGUAUUGAAAGGAAAUGCAUAAAGAUAAACUCUCUGAAUUAAUUACGUACAAAUGAAGAAUUAUUACAUCCUCAACCCUAACGUUCGGAUAGAAUAUUACCUUCGACUCAUUCUUCACAAUAAGACAUUUCAGUGACUAAAUCAGAGACUGUUACUCAAUCAACUACUCGCUUAUUUAUUAAUGUUCCUGACUAUUCUGUUUCCAUUCGUAAACCUCAUAUGAUUUACCAAAAGGAAAAAAUUCCAUGGACUAGAGAACAAUUAUAAUAAUGUCUAUAAUAAUUAUAAGAUUCUCAGCAACAAUUUGAAUUAAACUAGUAAACUAAUUUUAAUGAGGCAUAUAGAAUGAUAACUCAAUAGAAACGUUAUUUAAUUGAACAAAUUCAAUAGAAGUUUUCAGAUUUUCAAAUAAAACUUAGAAAUAUAGAAAGUCAAAUUUUAUAUGAAUUAAAUAUAGUAGCAUUAAAAUUAGAAGAUGAUAUUCGUUAAACUAAUAUUUCUGUAGAUAAAAAGGCUAUAGUUUAAAUCCUAUCUAUAAAAGAAAGGUAUCUUAUUCCUUUAUAUGUAGUAAGAAUUGAGUAAUUGUUGCUACUCUCUAAUGAGAAAUUAAACAAUCAAGUAGAUUUGGUGAACUCCUUAACAUAAUAAACAGAAUAAAUUAUAAAUAAUCUAGUCAAAUAAGAAUUCCAGUUUGUGUAAGAUAUAAUAACUAAGGAAAUGUAAAUUAAAUUUGAUCUAACUGUUUAUGAUUACUUGCCUUAAUUUUGUACUAUUAAGAAAUAUGAGAAUUUAUAAAGAAAUCAAUCAUAAAAUAGAAGUAAGACUAGAGUAAGGACUCUUAAUGAUUCACACUCUAAUAAUCAUACAAAUAAAUCUAAUUAAUCAUUAUCUUUUAGUAAUAGUAGUCCAAAACCUAGAGGACAUGAUAAUUCUAUAUCAUAACCAUUUUAAUAUUCUAAAAAUGCACAUCAUUUGGAAGAACCUUCAUAUUAGAGAAUGAAUCCAAGAGAAUUAACAUUUGGAGGUCAAUUAUAAUAACAUGAAUUUAGAAGAUCUCAUGAUUCUAAAAAUUCAAGGACUCUUUCGUCAACCAAACUUUAUGAAGCUACAGGUAUUGAUCGUAUUGAAGAUCUUUUAUUAAAAGGAUUACCUAUUGAGAAAUUAGAUUUAACAAAUUAAAGUAUCUUAAAUUCAUUUAUUUAGAUUUAAAUGAUUCUGAUAUCCAAGAACUUAUUAAACUUAUCCAGUAAUCUACUUCAUAAAUUGAAAUACUUAAAUUAGGUAAAAAUAGAAUCACUGAUAUUGGAUUUGAUAAAUUACUUACUCUUCUACUUAAAAGGAGUGAUAUUCAUACUCUCAAUUUAACUAAUAAUGAAUGUACAGAAAAAUCUAUUGAUAUGAUUGAAAGAAGAAUUUAAAAAUUACAAGGAAAGACUAUCUAUCUUUCUAAUUGUAAACUUAAUAACUUAAAUCAAUUAAAAAAAAAAUAAACUUUAUUUCAAAAUAAAAGUGUUACUCUGUUUCUGUGA